AGUAGCAAGAAAAUGAAGGGAGCAAUCAUUUCCAUGUUGGUUGUUGUAGCCAUGGUUCAAUUAAUCACGGUUAAGCCAGGAGAGGCCAUCACCUGUGGGGACGUGAACUCAGACUUGGCUGCUUGCGUUUCCUAUCUCACCGGAAAAGGUGGUGAUUUCCCUCCACCACAAUGUUGUGCCGGGGUGAACAAAUUGAAGGAAAGUGCUGUCAGCAUUGCAGAUAAGCAAGCUGCAUGUAAAUGUGUCAAGGCAGCCGCUGCUCGCAUCCCAGAUAUGAAGGAUGAGGCUGCAUCCUCUCUCCCUGCCAAGUGCAAGGUUCAAGUGGACUUUCCCAUCUCCAAAAACUUCAAUUGUGCCGAGUAA